AUAUUUUCCCACAAAGUUCACUGUUUCGCUGAUACCUUAAAGUGGUAUGAAUAUGGUAUGUGAGGUACAGUUACAGUCAGUGUCCUUGCCGGUGCCUCCCUGUUUAGUCAGUGUUACAUGAUUUAAAGGCUAAAUCAUUCAUUGCUUGGGAACAGGGGGGGGAGUCCGCUUAGUUUAAGUUAAUUAGCACAGGGUGGAGACUUUUCAUUUGUCACUUCAGAGCACUUCUCCCGCGCGCUAGUCACUCGUGUGUGCGCUGGGAAAUCUCCCUACGGGACACAGGUCGACGCGAGCAGACAAGAGCCGCCUCCGGUCAGUCCGUCGCCGAGACGCGAUUCGGACCCUGCGACGCGACGCUGUAACGAGAGGCGCGUGCUGGCGCCGCUAGCCCGAGUCCUCUGCUGAUCCGUUAAUAAGUAACUGCAUCGGAAUAAUUGGGCGCAAAAAAGAAAGAAGCGCGUGAGUCAGGAGAUCGCUCUGUGUGUGUGUGUGCGCGCGCGCGGUGCGCUCGCUCCCUCCCCUUCCCUGACAAGAGGAUAGAAGAUCAUUCAAGACAAGUAUCGUUCAGAUCUCCUACAGGAGCUUCUGGAGCAGGAAGAUGGAGCUUUGCCUGGUAAGGCAGAAAUAGACACAUUUCCUUUGUGUCUCUGAUUGGAAGGAAGAAUCCGCCUUUCCUGCUUUGUUACUGCUGUCAAGCCAGAGAAGUACAAUCAUGAUAAAUGUACAGGCGCACCCGGCCGUCAAAGCGUUCGUGUGCGGCGCGCUCAGCGGCACCUGCUCGACCCUGCUCUUCCAGCCGCUGGAUCUCAUCAAGACGCGCCUACAGACCCUACGGCGCGACGUGCGCAGGGGGUCACCCAGGAUCGGGAUGGUUGCCGUGGUGGUCAGCGUUGUACGAACGGAGAGCAUCCUGGGCCUCUGGAAAGGAGUUUCUCCGUCAUUUGUGCGCUGCGUCCCUGGGGUGGGCAUCUACUUCGGUACCUUCCACGCCUUGAAGCAGCACUUCUUUCUGGAACGUUCUCCCGGUCCCGGCGAGGCCGUGCUGCUGGGUGCGGCGGCCAGAGCGGUGGCCGGGGUCUUCAUGCUGCCCGUCACUGUUGUCAAGGCACGUUAUGAGAGCGGCAUGUAUAGCUACGGGAGCGUGUUCGGGGCACUGAGCAGCAUGUGCAGGACAGAGGGACCCCAAGCCCUCUAUUCGGGACUGACUGCCACUCUGCUCAGGGACGUGCCGUUCUCCGGAAUGUACGUCAUGUUCUACACGCAGGUCAAGGCCACCUUGCCACAGGCGGUCGGCUUAUCUCCUUGCGCCCCGCUGGCGAACUUCGGCUGCGGGGUUUUGGCGGGCGCGAUGGCCUCUCUGGUCACCCAGCCUGCCGACGUCAUCAAGACUCAUGUUCAGGUCAGCCCUCAGCUCUUCAGGAGACACAUGGAUGUUGUGUGGUACGUGUAUAAGGUGCAAGGGCUGACUGGCUUUUUCCGCGGGGUGGUUCCUCGGUCGCUUCGGCGGACCAUGAUGGCUGCCAUGGCGUGGACUGUGUACGAACAGCUAAUGGCCCAGGUGGGCCUCAAAUCGUAGUUCAGUGCAGGAAGAGGUGUUUAUGUGUGGC